AUGGCUGAUAACAAUAGUUCAAAAGAGCCCCCGUUGCAAACCAUGAGUGGCAUGCCACCAAAUCACAAUCCAUGGAUGUACGGUUUAUAUCAUCAAUACAAUGGGUAUCAUGGCGGCAUGUUUCCGCAGUUUUACAAUCAUCAAUAUUUCAAUCAAAUGGGCAAUGGAGGAUUUCAUAACGAUGGUCAACAUUUUCAACAAAACAAGGAUGCGAAAACUGAGUAUAAUCAUUCUCAGUUUUCCAAACCGCCUCCUUCUUUAUUAGGAAUGUCCCCCCACGAUACAAGUCGUCCGUUUAACAACCAGUCACCAAUUAGGUUUAACCUUAACGGUAAUCGAAAAUCUGCUCCCCUUCCCCCCAACGAAAAUCCACUUUUAUUUAACGGUAACGCCAAGAAAAAGCGUAAGAAGGGAAAUAAAGCUAACGAUGAGACAGGUGGUGUUUUACCGCCUUUGCCUGAUCAUCCGCCGCCGCUGCCUCCGUGUCCUCCGCCAGAUGUUCCUAAACCUCCUCCUCCCCCACUCGAUGUUCCCCUGCCUCCUCCCCUAGCUACAGAAGACAUUCCCGAACCGCUGGAAGAGCCCAAAGACGACACGUCCAAACUAAAAGACUUCGAAAAUGUUGUUUCACAUGAUAAUUCUUCAAAUUUUUUAAAGUCAUCAUCAAUACAAACAUCUGCAGGAACAUGGCCUGAGAGUUUAGAGAGGUACAUUAAAAGGUGCUAUGAAAAGUGUAAAACUGCAUUUGAUCGGGAUCAAAUAGAUAUUUGUCUAAAAGGGCGUAUUACAGCAGCUGCUAAUAAAGACGAGAUUUGGACAAGAAAUUGGGACGAGGAACCCAUCCCUAGUGUGCAUAGUGAAAGAAAUAAUUUGUCAGUAAAACCAGUUCGUGGUACGUUAUCUUUGUAUCAAAAGUGUGAGGCUGUUUCAGAAUUAAAUAAAAACAAACCUGCACCUGGUCCAAAAGGUUACAAUGCACACAAAAGUUCACCACAGAGAAGACAUAAAUUGCAUUCUAAAAGUCGCUCAAAGUCUAGGAGUCCACCUAGAAAGAGAUACAGUACUUCAUCAGCAUCCAGUGAUGAUAUCGAAGAGAGGAAAAUUGGUAAAAACAAAAACCGUCAAAAAGUUAAAGACAGACUGUCACUGGACCAGAAGAAACCAAAUAAGUAUCAGAAAAAUGCUAAAAAGAAGCAAAUUAAUCAGUUUACAGUUGAAGAGGUACAGGGUAAUGCUGAAAAGUUGCAAAAAAGAGCUCAAAGGUUCGGCCAUGCAUGUGUUCCCACCAUAGCUAGUGCAAUACAAACACACGGUAAAAGGGUGGAGCCUUGCCCCAAAAGACCAAUAAUUAAUGACACCGAAGGAGAUUAUGAACUCAAUAAUAUGCAUAUUGUGGGCACAUGUACAGAUAUUGAGAAAUCCUUCUUAAGGUUAACUAAAGCACCGGAAGCCUGUGAGGUGCGGCCUGUCGCUGUAUUAAGAAACUCUCUAAGAAAUGUCAAGGAUAGGUGGAUUAUAAAACAAGACUAUAGAUAUGCAUGUGAUCAGUUGAAAUCAAUAAGACAGGAUUUAACGGUCCAAGGUGUCAGAGAUGGAUUUACAGUUGAGGUAUAUGAAACUCAUGCAAGAAUUGCCUUGGAAAAAGGUGAUCAUGAGGAAUUUAACCAGUGUCAAACACAACUUAAAAUGCUUUAUUCAGAGCUGCCGGACUUUAGAUCUAAUGAAGCAGAAUUUAAAGCUUAUAGGAUUCUUUAUUAUAUAUUCACUAAUAAUACCUUGGAUCUGACAACAAUAUUCCAAUUUCUUUCAAAAGAGGACAGAGAAGAUGAAUGUAUAAAACAUGCUCUAAAAACGAGAUGUGCAUGGGCAACAGGAAAUUUACACAAAUUCUUUGUUCUAUACAAAUCGGCCCCAAUGAUGUCCGGAUAUCUCAUUGAUUGGAUCGUGGAAAGGGAACGGAAAAACUAUCUCAAAUUCAUCAUUAAGUCCUACAGACAAAGUGUUCCCGUGGACUUCAUCACUAAGGAGUUGGCAUUUGAAUCCAGUACAAAAACUUAUGAAUUCCUCAAACAGUUUUCUCUAACUUACACUGACGCAGAUGAAACUCGAAUUGAUUGCAAAGCGAGUCAACAUGUCGUUGGUCAAAACAUAUAA